AUGCCAAAGCUUGAAGUACUUCAAUUAAAUGUUCCUAAAUGCUUUGAAAAAUUCUCAGAUACAAGGGUGGUACUUGAUUGCAGUGAAAUAUUUAUUCAGAGUCCAUCAUCAUUAGAAAACAAAGCUCUCACAUUUUCUAAUUACAAGUCACAUAACACUUUCAAAGCUUUGAUUGGUGUGAGCAUGACUGGAGCUGUUGUAUUAGUGUCAAGAUUAUGGCCUGGCUCUACCUCAGAUGUUGAAAUUACUAGAAGCAGUGGUUUAUUUGAACAACUUGAAAAAGGUGAUGCUGUAAUGGUUGAUAAAGGUUUUGUUCAUAUUCAUACAGAUCUGAAACCAAUGGGUGUUAAACUUUAUUGCCCUCCUUUUAAGUCCAAAUGCCAGUUCAGCAAAACUGAAGUUGAGACAACCCGCAGGAUUGCAUCAGCUAGGAUACACGUGGAGAGGAAAAUGGAGCAAAUAAAAAACUUUCGCAUACUUCAAGGCAUAAUGCCCUUGGCUAUAAGUGACUUUGCAGAUCAAAUAUUCUUUGUUUGUUCAGCACUUACAAACAUGCUACCCCCACUAGUGUCAAAGUGA